AUGGCCCAACCAUCGCCCAAACUCUCUUCUGCUGGCGUUCUUCCCAUCUCUGCCUCGGCCACACAGAAAGGAUCUUCGACCAAACAGAGCUCCAAAGCAGCUACUCCAAGACUGAAAUUAUUGAUUCGAAGGCUUCCUCCUGGUCUCACAUAUCAGGAAUUCGAGGCAUCUCUGGGUGAUGAGUGGAAGGUCGGGAAUGGAAAAGUUGACUGGCUUCAAUUCAGGGACGGCAAGAUUUCGAAAGAUCGGGCAAAGCCUUCCAAACCGACGAGGGUAUAUCUUCGCGUUACUUCCACGCCCUUGGUGGAAGAGUUAUCCGAAAAAGUUCGACAAUUGUCUUUUCAAGAUGCGCAGAACACCAGCCGUGAUCCUGUUCUUUUGGGACCACCGGCCCUGGAAUAUGCACCGUAUCCCCGUGUGCCGGGAAGCAGGGUUCGCAAGGAUGGCCGCCAAGGUACAAUUGACCUGGAUUCUGAUUUCAUCGCAUUCCUCGAGAGUUUAACCAACCCGGUUACCAAGACUACUGUGGAUAUCAGUGCGGAGGAUGCGAAGGAAGAGAAAUCAACAAUAACACCACUCAUCCAGUUCCUGAGAGAGAAAAAGGCGAAUAAAGGCAGGGAAGCUGUUUCCCCGGCUAAGCCCUCGAGACACGCUCGUGGCGAGAUGAGGGAGUCGAGGGAUAGCAAGGGUGAACGGGUGCAUGCGAAGAAGUUGUUGAGCCGCACGGAAAGACUGAUAACAUCACCAGGAGACAGACAGUCAAAGGUUGAUAGGGCCACCAAGGAAGCUGUCAAGGCUGUUAACAAACAAGCUACUAUUCAAGCCGCAAAACCACAAGGGAAAACAGUUGCAUCCCGCCCGGCAAAGGAAGAAUCCCCUGCACAAGCCACACCACCGCCCGAACGCAAGCGAGAACGGGGAAGCAUGAGCGCUGCAACGAAAAUUCUACGUCGGGACCUGGGACUUGGCCCGGCAACUCAGCGGAGAAGAUCGGAGAAGUCAACAAGCGCGGAAGCUAUAUCACCGCCACCGAAUACUGAGACUACCAAAGCAACUUCUCCCUUACAUAAAAAUAGUAACAAACAGCCCUUGUCGACUAAAACCAGCAACAAGGGAGCUGAAUCGUCCAACAAUAAAAUCACGUUUACCAAAGCACCAAAAGUUCCUACGUCCACUGACAUUUCAGCAGGUCGUAAUCCAAACAAACCGACAAACCCUUCAACAGGCCCUGUGAAUUUUUCUGCACCAUCCGGACCUAAACUGGUAGCUACGCCGGCCGCUGCACAGGCGGCCUCCCUGCCCAGUGCUACGCAAGCCUUCUUAAAACAUGCCAAUCCAUCACAGGGAGUGACUGAGGAACUGCUUGCCUCCGGUUUCUCUACUUUUGGAAAGGUCAUCAGGGUUGAGAUAGACAAAAAGAAAGGAUUUGGUUACGUGGACUUUGCAGAACCAGAGGGCCUAAGCAGAGCUAUACAAGCGAGCCCCGUCCAGAUAGCCCAAAGUCAGGUUGUCGUUCUGGAAAGAAAAUCUGGAGCAGCCGUCGCGCAGGCAAGGGGAAAUGCCAGCAGCAACAAUCGAGCAAGCCAGUCUCCAACCGGCCCGGCAACACGGGUUGGGUCGGGAGGUACAGGGCCUGCACCAUCACGACAUACCCGUCGAGGCCAUAGAGGCAGGGGUGAAUUUAACAAAACGGUGGGAGGGGGUGGGGGAGGAGGAGCCAAUGCUGGAGGUAAUGGCGUAGGUGGCGGAGCCAAAAAGAAUGCCUCUUCAGCCUGA